AUGGAUGAUGCCCCUGUACCCAUCAGUCAGAUCAAGCACUCAGUUUCAGGAAUAACCGGUCAAGAUGGCUCGUAUCUAUCCGAACUGCUGCUGGAAAAGGGCUACCAAGUUCAUGGCUUGGUACGGUCAACUGCCUCCAGACGCGAAGCUCUGAGCAAGCCACUCCGACCUGGCUUGACCAUGCAUCUUGGCGACAUGUCCGACCUGGGCAGUCUUGUCCAGAUCUUGGGCAGCAUCAAGCCCGAUGAGAUCUACCAUCUUGCUGCUCAGUCCCACGUGGCUGUCUCAUUUGACACUCCACUGCAGACUAGUGACACCAAUGCUAUGGGUACACUUCGUCUUCUUGAAGCCAUGCGAAUGCUGGGUUUGGACAAGUCCACAAAGUUUUACAAUGCCUGUUCAUCUGAAGUGUUUGGGUCGGACAUGCCCGCUCCACAAACUGAGGAGACCGCGUUCCACCCAGUAUCACCAUAUGCUGUCACCAAGUUGUUCCAGUACUGGACUACUGUCAACUUUCGAGAGGCAUAUGGCUUUCAUGCCUCGAACGGUAUUCUCUUCAACCAUGAAUCACCGAGACGGGGCACCACUUUCGUCACCCGAAAGAUUACUACACAAGUAGCUCUAAUUGCUUGCGGAAAGCUAGACUUCUUCUCCUUAGGAAAUCUCGACGCUGUCAGAGAUUGGGGCCAUGCAAAGGAUUACAUGCAAGGCGUGUAUCUGAUGCUGCAACAGCCAGUCGGAGGCGAUUAUGUUCUUUCCAGUGGCAAGUCCUACAGCGUUCGCGACUUUGUGGAGGCAGCUUUCAAGGUCAUCGGGGUCAAUAUUGAAUGGACUGGAACCGGUCUUGAAGAGGUCGGUAUUGACUCAGCUAGCGGAAAGAUUCGCGUUAAAGUGAACCCCGAGUUCUACCGACCGCUUGAUAACCAGAACUUGCUUGGCUCAGCAGCCAAGGCGAAGAAAGUGCUCGGUUGGAAGCCAACCUACAGCUUCGAAGCGCUGGUUGAAGAAAUGGUACUUUGCGAUGUUGAUGCCGUCAAUACAGGUCGAAUCUUCUCCAACAGUUACUUGGACUGGGUAGUUGGCAAGGCGGAAACUGGAAAUGGAGUCGUGAGCCACAGUCCUGCCAAGUCAGUUGGUGAGGCUCACAGCGUCACUACGAAUUCAGAUGGGGCUGAGAAGAUCAACCUGGCGGACGUUGAGGGGGUUGAUGCGGAGGGUACAACUCAGGUUUAG